AUGGAUGAAAUACGGCCUACCAGCGGUGCGCCAGCCCACGGGCUGGUGCCGCUGUUUCCUCCCGGACUGCAGGCUAUCUAUGGGGAAUCUCGGCGACUUUACCCCGAUCAGGCCAACCCGCUGCAAGUUACUGCCAUUGUUAAAUAUUGGCUUGGUGGACCAGACCCACUAGACUACAUCAGCAUGUACAGGAACAUGGGUUGUCCAGCUCAGGACGUCCAGGAACAUUGGCACUAUGUAAGCUUUGGAUUAAGUGACCUGUAUGGAGAUAAUCGUGUACAUGAGUUUUCGGGGGCAGAUGGAUCUAGUGGAUUUGGGUUUGAGCUCACUUUCAGACUCAAGAGAGAGGUAGGAGAGACGGCACCUCCAACAUGGCCAGCCGAACUCAUGCAAGGCUUGGCUCGCUAUGUGUUCCAGUCCGAAAACACAUUUUGUAGCGGUGACCAUGUGUCAUGGCACAGUCCGCUCGACAACAGUGAGUCUCGUAUACAGCACAUGUUGCUUACAGAAGACCCCCAGAUGCAACCAAUUCAAACUCCAUUUGGCACAGUGAGCUUUCUCCAGAUUGUGGGAGUUUGUACUGAGGAGCUGCAGGCGGCCCAACAGUGGAACGGCCAGGGCAUCUUAGAGCUGAUGCGAGGAAUCCAAGUAGCUGGCGGCCCUUGGCUAAUCACAGACAUGAGGAGAGGAGAAACUAUUUUUGAAAUCGAUCCACACUUACAACAGGAGAGAGUGGAUCAGGGAAUUGAAACUGAGGGCUCUAAUCUGAGUGGGGUCAGCGCCAAGUGUGUGUGGGAUGAUCUGAGUCGCCCACCGGACGAUGAGGAGGACAGCCGAUCGAUCUGCAUCGGAUCACAGCCGCGCAGGCUCUCCAACAAAGAUACAGAGCAGAUCCGAGAGACCUUGAGAAAGGGGCUAGAGUUUAACAGCAAGACGGCACUACCACCUAUCAGCAGCCAGAAACAGAGCCUGGAGAGAGCUCCGAGUCGCAAGGACAGUUUGGAAAGUGAAAGCUCAGCAGCCAUUGUUCCUCAUGAGUUGGUCCGAACACGGCAGCUGGAGAGCGUUCAUCUGAAAUUCAACCAAGAGUCGGGCACACUUCUGCCCCUCUGCCUGCGGGGCAGGUUACUCCACGGGAGACAUUUUACUUAUAAAAGUAUCAACGGAGACACUGCCAUCACAUUCGUUUCUACGGGAGUGGAAGGAGCUUUUGCUACUGAGGAGCAUCCUUUUGCAGCACACGGCCCCUGGCUUCAGAUAUUGCUGACUGAGGAGUUUGUGGAGCAAAUGUUAGGGGAUUUACUAGAGCUCAACACUCGUGAUGAGACAAAGUUGCCCAAGGAGUACAGCUGGCCAGAGAAGAAGCUGAAGAUUUCCAUCCUACCGGACUCUGUGUUUGAUAAUCCAUUGCAAUGAGACCGAGACACUUCGUGGACAAUGCAAACCCUCCUCCGGCAGAGUUCAACAUCAAGAACAGGAGACCCUCCAGGGCCUGCAGAGAAACUCAGCUCCAUCUACACUGCCUGGCCAA